AGGAACCCAAUGCAGACGGGAAGACGCCAAGGCUCUAAGCUUGGCGCUGGCAGCACCCGUGGGAGGCAGGGACUGCUGCAGCAGGGACGGGCGGGAGGGAGAAGCAAGGAAGAAGCGCGCUUCUCUUCGGCAGCGCUGGCGGGAGCAGCAGCGAGGAGAGAGGGCCAGAGGGCAGCACUGGCAGGCGCUGUUGUUAUGGGCUGCACGAGAUGCUUCCUCGUUCCCGUGGCAGCAGUGUACGCCGGUGCUAAGAGGUGCCUGGCAGCAAGGAUGGGCGGGAGGGAGAAGCAAGAGCGGGCUUCACUUCGGCCGUCAGCAGCAGUGGCGGGAGCUGCAGCAAGGAGGGGGCAGAACUGGCAGGCGCUGUUGCAAUGGGCAGAAGGAGGCGCCUCCUUUUCCCGUGGCAACAGUGUGUUCCGGUGCUAAGGCGCAGCAGGAGGAGAGCACUCCUGCACUGGGCAGAAGGAUGCUCCUCCCUUUCAUUCUCCAGGCGGCAGCAGCAGUGGCGGGAGCUGCAGAAAGGAGAAGGGGCAGCUCUGGCGGGCGUUGCUGCACUAGCAGAAGGAGGCGCCUGUGUGCAGGAGGCGCCUUCUUUUCCCGCAGCAGCAGUGUGCCGGUGCUAAGGGGAGCGCGACGCGGCAGGCGGGCGGGAGUGUGGAGGAAUGGGGAGCGCAAUUCAUCCUCCCUCCACCAUCCACCAUCCACCGUCCUCGAUCCACCAUCCUCCAUCCACUAUUUACCAUCCUCCAUCCACCAUUCAGCAGCAGUGGCGGGAGCUGCAGCAAGGAGGGGGCAGCACUGAUGGGCGCUGUUGCACUGGGCAGAAGGAAGCGCCUCCGUUAGCAGUGUGUGCCGUUGCUUAAGGGAGCGAAGCUCGGCAGGAGGGAGUGGGGAGCAGAGGAGUAGAGGAGGAGAGGGCAGAGGAGAGCGCAAGCCUGCGGAGGAGGAGGCAGCUGCAACCCAUUCUCCCUCCACCAUCCUCCCUCCACCAUACUCCCCCACCAUCCUCCCUCCACCAUCCUCCCCCCACCAUCCUCCCUCCACCAUCCUCCCUCCAC